AUGGACAUAACUAUUCCAGGUCUGGACAUUGUGCGAGCCGAGCUGAAGAAGAUAAUGAGUGGGUCACAGCGGUACACCAUACUGAACCUGUCGGAAGAAAAGCCCAUGUCUCUGUCGAUUGUAAAGAGCGGAGGAUGUGCUGAGGCAGCAGGUGGCAACAAAAGGCACACGGUAGAGGAGCUGCAAAGGAUAUUUGAGGAGUUUUCGUCGAGUGUUCAGGAGGAUGUGCCGUGCUUCGCAAUAUAUGACUUUGUGUAUUUUGAUGACGACAGGAUCCAGAAGAAGACAUUGUGCCUGGUGUCGUACAUACCUGAAAACCUUGCUCCCCAGAAGAACGUGCCUUACUCGACGAAUGCACUGAAUCUGAAGGAUGUGCUUAAUAUUUCUAUGCACAUUUCGAUCAAGAGGAAGAUGGAUCUUGCGUUUGAUAACUUUGUAGAAAAAUGUACUGCUUUGCGGAUGAAAUAA